UAAACUAUGUUUUAAACAUAUUUUUAAUCAUCUUAUGCAAUUUUUUUUCCUCAUAAACGUGUUCCUGCAGGGUGGUGAAUAUGGCACAGAUGAGGAGGAAGAUGAGGACGAGGAGGCCAGUCCGCCGUAUCCCAGCGCCAUCGAGGUGUUUGACCUGGCAGAGAACGAGGACAUGUCCCCUCUGGAGACGGACCCCGAGAAACUUGCCCACAAAUACAAAGAGCUCCAAAUAAAACACGCUGUGACCCAGGCUGAGAUCCAGCAGCUGAAAAGAAAGCUGCACCACGCGGAGCAGGAGAAGCAGCGCUGGCGGAUGGACAAAGCCCAGCUGGAGCAGACGCUGCAGGAGAACAAGGAGCGGAUGGAGAAACUGGAGGGCUACUGGAUGGAAGCUCAGAGUCUGUGCCAGGCCGUGGAUGAGCACCUGAAGGAGACCCAGGCCCAGUAUCAGGCCCUGGAGCGCAAAUACAGCAAAGCCAAACGGCUCAUCAAGGAGUAUCAGCAGAAGGAGAUCGAGUACCUGAAGAAGGAGACUCAGCGUUGUGCACAAGUUGGAGCUGAGGCCUCCAUUUUGAAGGAGGAGUCAGGACAACUGCAGGAACAGGUGGCCGAUCUGGAGUGCCGGGUGGAGGAGCUGAAGUCUGAACCUUUAUAAAAGGCUUUUUUUUUUCUCUCCGUUCUGUGUGAAACUUUCAGCCGAUGAAGCGGUGUGUCGUCGUGCUGAGCUGCAGGGUAUUUGUCUCCAACUCGAGCGUGGUCAUAUACUCUGUCCUUUCUGGCCUUGUGUUUCAACCAUUUUUAACCUCGUUCUUUCCGUUAACGCCGACCGAAGGAGGAUGUUUAAACUUCUUGAAGACAAAAAUGUCGACCUCUAAAUGUAUCAUUCCUUUUUAAUUCCCAGUAUUUUUUUUCCUUUUUAAUUUGUUAUCCUGUGCAGCUUUUAAUUGCCAAAAACAAGUUUUUUUUUGCAUCGUUUUGUGACUUUUUCCCGCCGUUUUUUUGUACAGAUGUGAUACCGUGUGUUUUAACAAUCACUUUGAUUUGUAAAAAAAACAGAAAAAAAUGUAUGUGUAUAACAUUUAACAAUGUAAACGAAGGUUGUUGUAUAUUUUACGCGACGAGGACGGACAUUGCACUGAAGAAGACAUCGUUGUGGAGUGGGGGAAAAAAAAGGCGGGAAGGAGCGACGUCUUCAAAAUGGUAGAAACCGUAUCCCAACCUCUGUAGGGGUCUCGUCACAUAAUCUUAAGAACCACUUGCUGCCUACCUUUCAGAAGUGUUUGUGCAUUUUUUUUUUAUUUACACUAAACCUCAUCAAGUGAUCAACCCUCUGGUUUCACCCUCGCGGACCUAAACCAACCUCCACUACUUCUGUGCCACAAAACGCCGAAUUCUCCCUUCAAAUGGAUGUUGUCAAAGACUUGUAGUAACCCGAGUUACUUAGGAGUACGGAUAGAUGAAACAUUUACAGGACUGCGCCGUUUCUAGAAGCCAGCAGCAACGUUUUACGUCUCGAACCAGCAGCUGCACUUUGACACCGCCGUGUGUAGCACAUGGACUAAAGAAAACCACUGCCAGGUUUCUUACCUGUUUUGUUUGAAAUGAGUCUUACUCGUGUCACCUGUCAUGCCAGUUUGUUUGUAUAGUACAGGUCGGACUUAAAUAUUUUCGAUUUACGUAAUAUUUAUAAUAUAGUCGAGGUGGAAAAGUGAGCUAAAAACCUGACGAGGGCGAAAAGUAAUCAAAAAGACAAAGCAGUACUGUCAUGUUUAAAAAAAAUGCAAAAUGUAGUAGAUCUGAGUGACUGAAAAUAAAAUCUAGGAUUACAUGAAUUUAAAAAAAAAACAGGCAUGGUUAUGACUAUUUUCAUAAGUAUUAAGGCUUGUACAGUGCACACGCUUUGCAUUGUAUGGGUGUAUGUUUUGUGGAAUAAAUGGUCAACAGUGAUGGUCAA